GUGAUUCCGUGGCUCCACCAUAGCGAGGACUGGCGAGCCCCACAGAAAGCGGGGAAGGAGGACGAAGAGCAGAGGGAGAGGAGGAUGAGGAGAAAGAGGAGGAGGAAGGUCCCUCCCUCGGCCGCCCGUCCCGCCCCUCGCGUCACCCGUGCGCGCCACCUCCGCUCCGGCAGCGCCGCCGCUCCUCCGGCCGCGGCCCAGCGCGGGGAAGGUCCAUCUGUGUGUGUGCCCAGUGCUCCAGGGGAGAUGUCCAACGUUUCCAGCUACGCCCUGCGCAUGGCCCGCCUCAGCGCCCAGAUAUUCGGCGACGUGGUCAGGCCCACGGACUCCAAAUCCAUGAAGGUGGUGAAGCUGUUCAGCGAGCAGCCCCUGGCCAAGAGGGACGAGGUGCACAACUGGUACCCCCCUCACAACACCUACUACGCCCUCAUGAAGAAACUCCGCUACUUCGGCCUCUACAGGGAUGAGCAUCAGGACUUCAGGGAGGAGAUGAGGCGAUUGAAAAAGCUCCGUGGGAAGGAAAAACCAAAGAAGGGGGAAGGAAAGAGAGCUCUCAAGAAGAAAUAGUGCUGCUUGAACAGUGUAACUGACUGCUCUGGAAAUGCUGGGGAAUGGCUGGAGAAGGCUUGGCAUGUGGGCUGUGUGUGGGGCACAGGAAACACACUGUGAAAUUGUGGACUCCACCUUGGGAAUGCACUUGGGUCUUUGAAGUUUUACUGGUUUUGAAUUUCUAUACUUCAAAUAUACUGUAUAUUACAGCACAGUAAUAAAAGGAAAAGUGCUCCGUGUUUUUCUUGAAACCACCUGUAGCUAUUUCAGUUUUUCUUGAUCUGGAAAUUGUUUGCCUUUCAUUGUCUGUUUUACUUUCUUGUGUUAAUAUCAACACUGUUUUAUGUGUGGCCACAAAAAACCAAGGAUUCCUGCUGCUGCAGCUGCUUGUCAGUCUUAUCUGUUAUAAUUAGUUUCAUUUCAGGUAGCUCUAGUGCUUUUUUUUCCAAGUUUUUUUUAAGGUUUUUAAGUUGCUGUUGCACCCUGUUGUUCUGUGCUUUUCACUGGACAAUACUUCCCAAACCACUGCCUGCCCACAGCACUCUCAUUGUACCCUAAACUUUUAGACACUGCAACAGAAGAGGCUGAAAUAUUAACUAAAUCCAUAUAAUAAUGGAACUAUUACAUGCAAUAAUAGAAUUUUAAAUAUUUUUCACAGUAAACUUAUUCUGAUUGCUUGGAAGACAUGUAUGAAACACUACCUAAGACAAUGAACAUUUUUAUUAGCAUUCAGUAGGGAUUUUAUCACUAGGCUCUUUUGGUUGCUAAUAUUAAUCAUUGGUGGAUCUAAGUAAAUUUGUAACAGCUCAACAGCUCUGCCUCACCAAGGUUAUUAAUUGAAGAAGUGCUGAUUUUAUUAAAAGGUGUUUCUGAUGAGCUGCA